CAGAUUCAAGCUAAAACUUUGGAAUUGGGAAGAAGAAAAUCUACAUAGAAAACAAUGAAAAUAUACCCCGGCGGGCGGCAGCUCCGCGAGCAGCAGCGCGCGACAUGAGGCCAUGUGACCUGCUGCUGCCGCUGCUGCUGCUGCAGUGCCUGGCCGCCGCCGACGAGAGCUGGACCAACUGCCCGCCGGCGUGCCGCUGCCGCUGGGUGUCGGGCCGCAAGGUGGCCGACUGCUCGUCCUCCGGCCUGGCCUCGCUGCCCGGCGGCCUCAGCGGCGAGAUACAGGUGUGCGACCUGUCGGGCAACGCCCUCGCCUCGCUGCCCGCCCACGCCUUCCGCGCCGCGGCGCUCGUCAACCUGCACAAGGUGUUCCUCCGCGGCUGCGGCAUCCGGCGCGUCGACAAGAGCUCCUUCUCCGGCCUGGAGAUCCUCAUCGAGCUCGACCUGUCGCGCAACGCCAUCCGCGACCUGCACCCGCUCACCUUCAAGGACAACGUGCGCCUCAGGAUCCUGCGCGUCGACCACAACCCCCUGGCGCGGCUCGAGGACGGACUGUUCAGCGGCCUGCGCUACCUCCAGGCGGUGGACGCGAGCUCCUGCCAGGUGACGCACGUCGGCCGCAAGGCCUUCGCCGACGUGCCCAAGCUGCACGACCUCAACCUCAGCCGCAACAACCUCACGACGCUGAGGCUCGCGUCGCUGGAGCACGUGCGCUCGCUGGUGGGGCUGGGGCUGGUCGGGAACCCGUGGCGCUGCGACUGCCACCUGCGGCCGUUCCUGGACUGGGCGGUGCGCCGCCGGCUGUACACGGCGCCCACGGCGUGCGCCGAGCCGCCGCGGCUGGCCGGCAGGUUCUGGAGCGACCUGGCCGAGGCGGACCUCGCGUGCCGGCCGCAAGUGCACGUGCCCCGGGUCCUGGUGGACGCCUCCUCGGGGGGCAGCGCCACGCUGGCGUGCCGCGCGCAGGGCAGCCCGCCGCCCGACCUGCACUGGCUCUUCAACUCGCGCCUGCUGGGCAACAACACGCGCCGGCGCAAGUACUCCACGGCCGAGGCGGCCGCGCCGUCGGGCCGCUGGCUCAACCUGACGGUGACGGGCGUGGGCGCCUACGACGCGGGCAACUACACGUGCGCGGCGCGCAGCGCGGGCGGCUCGGACAGCCGCAACGUGACCCUCACGGUGGGCGGGGUGCUGUUCGGCGUGGAGGGCAGCACGAUGCGCGCCGGCGCGCUGGGCGAGGGGGCGCGGCCCUGGGUGCUGGUGCUCGCGCUGGGCGCCGGCGCGUCGCUGCUCGCCGCGGGCGUCGCGGCGCUGGUGCUCCGGCUGUGCCGGCGGCCGCAGGCGCAGGCCUCGGGGGCGGCGACCCAGGGGGCGGCGGCCUCGGGGGCCGCGUGUGAGCAGAAGCUGCUGCUGGCCGCCGUCAACCCCAUCCAGAAGCCGCCGCGGCGCAGUGACCGCGCUGUCGUCGCGAGCGUGGCCGCUGAGCGGUCCGAGGUCACCUUGAACCUUCUGGACAACGGCGCCGCCUACAGACCCUCCAGUUCUUCCGAAGAGGACCGCCUCCGUGACUUCACGGAGCAGCCGCCGCAGCAGCGAUCCGCGGACAGCCAGGGGCCCUACCCGCCCGACCUGCUCCCCUUCCCACCGCACGACGUGGACGACCCCUCCGCCGGCACCGAGGUCUCCCCUCUGCUGGCGCGCCGCUCGCCGUCGGCUGGCAGGCAGCCGCGCGUGGUCAGCUGGGGCAGUGGCUCCGCCUUCGACAACCUCGGGCCGCGCACCACGGCCAAUGGCAGCUCGACGCUGUCGCUCGACAAGGUGGAGGGGGAGGACAGCCUCGUGCGGCUGGCGGCGGCUGGCGGGGGGACCGCCGUGGUGCUGGCGAGCCGCAGGGCGAGGCUGGCGCACCGCAACAGCUGGUCGCCGGCGGACGACGUGCCGCUGCGACUCGGCACGGCCAGGCGGGCUGCCUACGUGGCGAGGGAGCUGGCGGGCCCCAGGUCCGGCCAGAACUGACAUUCCCUCGUACCUCGCUGCGGCGACACUUCCAUUUAGAUGUGCUAUGUCUGAUUCUGUUCGAUUGAUCACUUAUCCAGAUCUCGUCAAGUUUGUCGCCAAAAGGAUUUUGUUGCACAUGUAUACAACACUUAUAAAAAAUAGCUUAAAAUGUUAUGGAAUAAACAAGCAUAGACCAUUUUCAAAGAAGAACGUGAUGAGAUAAGUAAAGACUGUGUUUCCAAGUUAAUGUUUCAAAAAUUUCAGGGAUUUUAGAGAAAAUGACCAGCAUCUUUUCGUGAAUACCUCCAUCGAAUGUUGCCUCCAAAUUAGUGUUAUAAUAUCAAUUUAGCGGGAAAUGGCAAUUGUAUGGGGACCAAGUGUACCUACCAUUUUUUUCGUUGUAUAGUGUACUUUUAUUAUUUAUGACACUACCUUACAAACAUGAAUAACUUUAUUAUUAGAUAAUAUUCGAAUUUUAAAGUCAAUUUCUUACCUAGACGCAUGUGGAAAUGUACCUUACUGCUUGUGACAGUGUUACAUCAUCGUCAAUGGUAUCCCAAGUGUGACAAAGCUACUUGCUACAUUAAGCAUAUGGCAUAAUUUAGCGGUCAUUGUCUUAACUAUCUUUGUUUUGCAAGUUGAGUCACGUCGUAGAAGGAACGUGUACCGAUGUUUCUCUCUACAUUGCAGCAGGCUACAUCAGGGUAUAGAAUCAACCACCUCUACGCUGAAGAAGUACUAUACAUCCUAACGCUGUAAUGUAACUCAAGCUCAAGACAGGUAGUUUAUUUUUUAUGUUUUCAUUGUGUAUCCUGUGUGUUGAUUAAAUUUAGAAUUUAAAAAAUAUUUCAUUCCACAUUGAAAGGCUCACAUUCUUUCGUGUAUAUCUUUGUAUAAACAACUGAGGGCUGGGAUUCUAUAUCACAGAUAGCUGUUGGUCAUAUUGCCUAUAAUCCCUGAGUAUUUGUAACAAAGCUCCGACAGCCUCUUUUAAAUCGAGGCUAUUGAAUGAGUUUGUUUU